AUGAUGUCUCAGAAAUCCGAAAUCAUCCGGUCAGCUUUCAAAGGUCGUGACCGGCCCCUCCUCUCCUAUGGCAUUGAUUUCCACACUGCUGCAUGUCAUCAUGUUUCUAAGACUUUCAACGCCUCUCGUGUUUACGUCAUCUCCUCUAGGUCAUUAGCAAGUCAGACCAAUGCACUGGAAGAUUUGAAAAAUGCACUAGAGUCAGACAAAGUUGUGGGAUGUCGUAUCGGAAUGCAAAGCCACACACUGUGGUCGGAAGUCCUAGAAAUUGUCGAAGAGGCACGCAAUGUGAAAGCUGAUCUCCUCCUUACCCUCGGCGCUGGCAGCUUAACCGAUGGUGCCAAGAUUAUUGCUUUGGCUCUUGCCAACCAAGUGCAUACGGUUGAAGAAUUAGAGACACUAGCCCAAGGCCCUCAUAAAAGGUCACAAAUCAAUGAACCAACAAUUCCUAUCAUCUCAAUUCCAACCUCAUUAUCAGCUGGGGAAUAUUCUGACUUUGCAGGCGGUACAGAUGAUCACUCACGGCGCAAGUUCAGCUUCCAGGCGCCCACGCGCGGACCACAGCUUGUCAUACUAGACCCGAAACUAGUUCAAUCCACACCAAGCUCCAUUUGGCUCAGCACUGGGAUACGAGCGGUUGAUCACUGUGUGGAAACACUUUGCGCCAUAGUUGGAGUAACGCCGGAGUCAGAUGACCUCGCUGAGCAUGCCCUCAGUCUAUUGAUCCCAAGUCUAUUACAGUGCAAGAAAGAUCGCACAAACACCGAUGCACACCUUCAAUGUCAGCUUGGGUCCGUUGAUGCGAUGGCAGCUUGUACAAGCGGGUCAGUACAACUUGGUGCAAGCCAUGGAAUCGGGCAUCAACUCGGCCCCUUAGGUGUUGGACAUGGUGAAACUAGCUGUAUUCUUCUCCCAGCAGUGUGUAAAUUCAACGCUGCACAUAAUGCGAACCGGGACCAGCAAAUGAGAGUACGCGAGUUUCUGAUCCGUGACAAAGUCGUUUCAGAAGUGCUUCAAUCACACUCAGUGGAUGUGGAGAAUUCAGACCUUGGUGAUAUACUAGAUGUCAUUAUUCGUGAACUUGGUAUGCCGCGGUCUCUCAGUGAGGUGCAGGUUGGUCGGGACAAGCUCGAUGGGCUAGCAACACACAGUCUGCAUGAUAGGUGGUGCCAGGCAAACCCUGUGCCGCUGAAAGACAAGUCGCAAGUCCUUGAAAUUCUCGAAAUGGUGGUUUAA